UAAUAUUAUUGUCUUAACUAAUGGCACGACUUUUUUGUCAACAUUGUGUGAUAUUGCAUAUGAGGCAAUUAAAGACAUCAUCAAUAACAAUAUCUCUGACGAUCUAAACGCAUUGUUAUCAAAAGUAACAGAAGAAUUCAAGCAUUCAUAUAUUCGACCCAUAUGUGGAAUACGAAACAAGAAACUUAUCAUCAAUAUGUGCGGCCCUUUAUACGAAAAUGCGAUAAUGAAUUUGACGACAAAUAUUGCCUUGAUAUUAGAAAUAGUACACUUAAUGAAUAUGCAAAAUAAAGAAAUUUAUCGCAUCAAAAAUGAUACUUUUGAGGCAUUUGAUACUAACAAUGACAAUGAUAAAGAGUCUUUGCAUUCUAUCUUCGAGAAUGAAAUGGAAAAUAUAUCAAUACAAAAUCUAUCCAAGAGAAUUUAUAAAAGACAAAAUCAAACUAUUAUGAUGUCGGUAAAAAAUGCAUUACAUACAAUGCACAAAAUAUUAGACGAUGAGUAUGAAUGUUAUAUAGAAACCGUGAAGACGAAUAAUGCUUAUAGCAGGGUAUUGGCUGAUAAUAUAAAAUCCUCUACAAACGUGCCAUUUUAUAAUACUUCGACUAAACAUGGAUACGCGGUGUUGGUCAGCGACGGAAAGAGUAAAAGAAGAGUACUGAAAGCACAUCUCACGUUCGCAGAGAUUUCGGUUGUACCUGGCACUUGCGUGCGAGUAAGAAGUGGAGAUCCCAUACCCAAUGGAGCAACGGCGGGUGUAAUGCUAGCGAAUACAAAGAUAUUGGAAGAAUGUAGCGACAAUGAUGACGAUUAUUUUAAUAUCAACGACAAGGAAUACGAAAUUGAAGUUUUAGUAGCCCCGCAAAAGAACGAGAAUAUUAGAAAUGCUGACUGUGAGAUAGAGAACGGCCAGACUGUUUUACAGAUAUACAGUCGUAUUGGAUCGGUGGAAUUGGGCAUUUUGAAAUUAUGUGGCAUAAAUUCAGUUCCUGUCAUUCAAAUUCCAUCCGUAGGUCUGUUGUCUAUCGGAGAUAAAUUGGAACAGCCUGGGUAUACUUCAACUUUAAAACACAUUUACGACUGUAAUCAUAUAACUCUAAUGUCAUUAUUGAAAGAAAACGGUUACAAUCCCGUAGACUUAGGAAUUUCAGCUUAUCAGUUAAAAGCCAUUAUCAAAAAUAUUAAAUACGCUUUGAACAAAGUAAACCUACUUGUAAUAAUGGGACAUGCAAACGACAAUGAUUUAUUAAAGCCUAUCUUAAGAGAAUAUUUUAACGCUGUUAUACAUUUUGGUCACGUGGAGAUGAAACCAGGAAAAUCAACAACAUUCGCAACGUGCAUCUUCAAUCACAAAAUGAAGUUUUUCCUAUGCAUGUCGGCAAACCCAGUAACAAUUCCCAUUGUCUCGCAUAUAUUCCUUCUGCCGUUUUUGAACGGGAUGCACUUCGAUAUCAUGGCUUAUGAGCCCAAACCUAAUAUACAGACUUGUAUAAUGACAACGCAUGAGCUGCAUCGUCGUCCGAAAUUUUCAUGGACAACCUUACACUGGUCAGAGAAGGAAACAUUUCCAAGGACUUGCUAUUCAAAAAAACAUCAGAACAUAUUGAAAUAUCAAAAAGCUAAUGCGCUUCUAAUGCUACCGCAGCGUACGGUGCAUGAAUCGAAAAUAGACGCGGCAUUCGUAUCAGCGAUGUUUUUCGGCUGAAAAGUCUCCAAGAUAUUCUUAAUCAACGCAGGACAAAUAUUUGCAUACAUUUGAAUUGUUGUUCAACAUGUUAUUGAAUUAUAAUUAAUUAUUAGGAAUACACAGGAUAUCAAAUUCGGACAGAAUGUAACAUCGGAUAUCCAGGGAGGCAAAUUUUCGAGUCGGAUAUUCGAUAUUUUCUAGAAUCCGACCGGAUUCCGGGACGUUUUCUAUAAAAAAAAAAAAAA